AAGGUGUGUUGUAGAGGCCUUCCUCUAGUUUCAUAGACAGGUAUAGGACAGUACAUGCCACGUCUCAGCCAAUCACAAUCCAGGUCCAGUUAACGCGUAUCCUGGUUUUAAACUGAUAACAGCUGUGAGCUGAGCUCUAUAGCUCAAUGUGUCUGUAGAAAUACCUUUGGCCUGUAUCAGUCUCUAACGGCAUAUUUUGUUCAUUUUCUUUUACAUUAAUCCAUUCUUAUGAAAAUUAGUUUUUAAACUAAGUUGUAAGAUGUUUUUCUCCACGCUGCUAAUUCUUGCCAGUUGGGGUUUGCUCGGUUCCGUUUCGGGGUCUCCCGCUGUGGAGGAAGCGUACGCGGCUGUGCUCAGCGUCGUGUCUCCUGGACAGCAGUAUCUGACCGGGGAGUCCCUCGGCUCCGUCUUUAAUACACUGGAGAAACGUGUGCAGUGUGGUGAAGUGUCGUGUGAAAAGUGUGAUCUAACAGAUGGCGUCAACCAGCUGAUCAGGAAUCACUCCACCCAUGGAGAGGAUGAAAAUGGAAAAGGCAGAAAACAUGUAACCAUCAGUGUGUCUCAGUUCACCGCUCUCGCUGCCGGAUGCGUCCUGUACCUCUCAACCCCUGGUCUGGUCUGCACCGCGGUGAGGCAGGGGAGAUGGGGAGAGGAGGCCGGACAUUUCCUACAUAAAAUCGCACAGGAGCAGCACCAGAACCAUGACCAUGAGAACAUUCGCAUUGAUGGGUUGGAGGUGCUGCUUAAAAGGCUUCACGACCACUACAAGCCCUCAGAAAGUGAGAGCUGUGUAACAACCAGUGACAUCAUGGCAGAGGUCAGCGCAUCAUCAGCGGAACAGAGACAGGAAGUGGGUGCAGUUUUGGGCCGUGUCCUGUAUCACGCCUUGCAAGGUCACUGCUUCAUUAGCCACUCACUGCCUGAGGAGAGCUUCUUCCUGGACUUCAUCAUUGACCGUCUGGGGUCAGAGAAUUUCACUGUCGGGGAUUUGGAGAAUGUCAUGAGGAGUCUGAACCUUGGACCUGACCACGAACAUGAGAACCAACACCAAGACGAACACUCUGAUCACGAUCAUAGUGGUUUCAGACGGAGGAAGAGGAGCGUAGGGCAUGAUGGAAACACUACUUGGGAUCGGAUUUGUUUCUCAGCUGAAGAGCUGGUCCUGAUCCACGGUCUGGCAGACAACAGCUCUGCCUCCUCUGGCCUGGGUCGGACCGACAUUGCUCGGCUCAGCCCUGCACUUCUCCAGCAGAUUCUGAGCGGCGCGUGUGCAGACAUCACAAAACCACCAACAACAGAUGGGCUCACCAAGGCUGAGAGAUACCUCUAUGCAACCAUUGCCAAUAUUGUAAUAACACUGGUGUCCAUGUUUGGCAUUGUGGUUCUGCUGUGUACCUCUUGCACCAAUGUGUUUCAGUUGUGUAUCCAGUUUUGCAUCAGCCUGGCUGUAGGGUCACUGACUGGAGAUGCCUUACUGCACCUACUACCCAUGUUUCUAGGUUUACAUGUGCACUCAGACAACACCAGCAGCCAGAGGCAUUCGCAAGACGGUCAUCAGGAAGAAAUUCCAGACUACAUUUACAAGAUCGUGGUAUUGAUCGCUGGGAUCUACUACUUUUAUCUAAUGGAAACAAUCUUCUCUCUCAUCGUGUAUAAAGACAAUCAUCACCAUCAUCAACAUCAUCAUGGGGAAGAAUCAGAGCCUCACCACUGUGACCAUGGGAGGGUUUUAGAGAUGUAUCAACAGGAGAGGAAACAAAAAGACAAGUCACAGUCAACAUCAAAAACCGAACUGGUUGACCAUGAGAAAUCCCUUUCCGGGUUGAGCAAGCACACCAGAGAACAGCGCCUGCUGCCUUAUAUGAUAACGAUUGGUGACGGGAUCCACAACUUUGCAGAUGGCUUAGCGAUGGGCGCAGCUUUCUCCCUGUCAUGGAAGUCUGGUCUGGCCACAUCACUAGCUGUCCUCUGCCAUGAAAUACCACAUGAACUGGGUGAUUUUGCCAUUUUGCUCCACAGUGGUGUAUCUGUCCGCAAGGCAUUGCUUUUAAACCUUGGCAGUGCCAUGACUUCGUUCAUCGGCCUGUACAUCGCUCUGUCUGUAGCCACUGAUCUCGCCACCAAACAGUGGAUAGCUGCCAUUACGGCAGGACUUUUCCUGUAUGUGGGGCUGGCUGACAUGCUCCCCACCAUGGUCCACAUCAGCAACAAGAGACCCUGGAUGAUGUUUCUGCUGCAGAAUGUCGGCCUACUGACCGGGUGGAGUAUUCUGUUGGUGUUGUCAAUUUUUGAAGAGAGAAUCAGCUUUUAAAACACGGACAUCGGUCUGUUCAGUGGGUUUAUCCUACUUCUGGUAUAAUCUAUGCAGAUUGUAAAAUCUUAUUCAUUCGCAAGACCUGGUGUCCUUGUUCCCACUAACAAAAGGGUGGGAACUAAUCCAGUCAGACAAAAUAAAACUUGCUGUGCACCCAAAUACCUUAAAAUCCAAAACCCUCGACCACAGAUGUGGUUAUUUGAGCAUAUUUCAAAUGUUCACUGUUGCCCUAAUUUCAUUGCAUAGUUUGGCUCGACUUAACUCAUUUUUGGUACCAGGUGCUUUUCUUUAAUUUUCCACUGUGCAUGCUACCCCCUUAGUGUAGGUGGUAUCCUCAGCUGAUGGAAUAGUGAAAAACUAAUUGGGUUUGCAUGGCUAUUUACAAAUGGUGAGUUUGUGAAGGAUGUUGCGUAUCAUCACCAAUCAGUGGUCUGGAGUGUUUUGACUCCACCUUCUGGUAUUGGCUCAGCUUACAUGAAAGAGAUAGAACCAAAGAAAGUAACAGUAUCCACCACUUUUGCUAAUGAAAAAAUAAAAGUGACUAGAGUCGAGCUAUGCAGUGGCAAUGCCUCAUAACUUAAAAAAUGCCGCAAGACAUAAAAAACUGCAGUGGCCUCCCUGCGACAUUUCCUGUAUAUUUUAAUCAAUCAUCUUAUCAGGUGCACCCAUGGGGGUGGUCAAAAUAUUACAAACAACUUCCAAGACACAAAAGCUACAAACUGCAAACAGUAGAGCUGACCGUCUCAACAAAAACUUAAGAUAAUAACUUUUAUAAAAGGUAGGAUUUCUCACAGGACGUCUGUGGUGGACUGCAUCGGAUGUAGCUACGAGUAUCUAUUAAACCGGAAUCUCAGUGUACACUGAGAUUCCAGUUAAAAAAAAACACACUUUUAUCAAUGAUAAUAUUCUUAUCUACCUUUUUUUUUAUUUUUAUUUACAAAUGCUGAGACUGCUUAUGGUCCCUGUAAACCCAUGGCUGUUUUUCUGGCAGUAAAAGCCAUACUACAUGUUUUAUUGAAUGAAUUUAAUUGUGUAUUUACAUGUAAUAAAGAUUCGGUAGUUGUUUUUUGUGCUUUGACAUUCAAACAUACAAAUAUAAACAUUUGAAGAAGCUAUACAGUUUAAAUUUAUAUUAUUUGCGGAAUACAAAUCCUACCACACCAAUCACGAAGAUACAUGUACUAAAAAUGUGUUAAUAUACAUGUUGAUAGACAUUAUAUUUUGUAUUCUACUUUUGUAAAAGUAAAAUUCUUAAAACCCAUUAUGUACUCAUUUCUGUGAGACCUGUAAAUCCAUUUGGGAAUCAAAUUGUUUUAAAGCCGAGGGUUUACCCAUUUGUUUGUAUAUGAUGAUUACAGAUUCUGCAUUAAGGCCUGAAGACACACCUGUUGAAUCUGUAAUCUUUGUGAAUAAAGUGAAAGGUGCCGUGGAAACUGGAUUUCAUCUUUAC